AUGCUGACAAGGAUACAUUCAUCACACCUUGGAAUCGAGGGAUGCCUAAGACGAGCCAGAGAAUCUGUAUACUGGCCACAAAUGAACGCUGAAGUUAAGGACUUCAUACAAAAGUGUGAAACAUGCCGCACUUUUGACAACAACCAAGGAAAAGAACCUCUACAACAUCACGAGGUACCACCACGUCCCUGGGCAAAGCUUGGACUUGACAUCUUCACUUUCGACCAACGUAACUACUUGAUAGUAACUGAUUACUUCUCAAACUUCUUCGAGAUUGAUGCCUUGGACAGAAUGACAUCCCAUGAGAUCAUCAAACGACUACGAGCACAAUUCAUGAGACAUGGAAUACCAGACCUGUGUGUGUCGGACAACGGUCCUCAAUUUGCCUCCAAAGAAUUUGCUAAGUUUGCCCAACUGUGGGAAUUCCAACACGUAACAUCUUCACCACACUACCCACAAAGCAAUGGGAAAGCCGAACAAGCAGUGAAAGUUGCCAAACAAAUUCUAAAGAAAGCAAAACAUGCAAAAUCUGAUCCUUACCUUGCAUUGUUGGAUUUCAGGAACACACCUACACAGCAUGUGGGAACUAGUCCAGUCAUGAGACUUAUGGGAAGGAGAACAAAAACACUACUACCCACGAAAGGAAAGUUAUUACAGCCGAAAGAUGCACCAUUUGAGAAAGAGAAGAUCGACAAUGCCAAACAAAAACAAGCAGAGUAUUACAACAGAUCUGCACACCCAUUAUCGCAACUAUCAGUUGGAGAGACUGUCUGA